UUGGUAGGGGGGGGGGGUUGGUAGGUACUAUCCACUCACUAAAUCUAAAUUAUAGAUUUUUUUCCGACUGAAACCAGUGCCUCUGUGGAAAUUUCUGCAACCCCCUCCCUUUAGCUAUAUGUUGGAAAACUGACUGAGUUCUGUGCACCAAGGAACUCACUCUGGAUCCGCCUCUGAUAACUGGUGCCUAUCUCAGACUAUUAUAACAGCAGUAAAAGGGUAAUCGUCAAGAAUUUAGAAGGUUAUGCAUUUUUCAAGGUAUAAUGUGUCAUUGAUUUGAUGAACAAAGCUAGAGAUUUUCAGGGGUUAGCAUGAUUGUCCAUAGUUAAUUUCAGCACAGCAGCACUGAGGACAUUUACCGCUUUGCUUUUGUAUCUAUAUUUCAGCUUUGCAUCUACCGUUGAUGCUGUGAAUGCCAAUUUCUUGUGGAAAAACGAAAACGAAAUGUUUUUGUAAAUUUCAUACUCCAAAUGCUCACUUCACAUGCUCCAAAUCAUUCCAAAUUCUUUCAAAAAACCAGCCAGCGAGUUUCUUUCAAAGCUCCAAUGUUUCUGUCCCUCACACUCAAAGUAUGCGACACAUUGCAGCUCCGGAGAAUCAAGAUGAGAAUCAAGAUUAGAUCGUAAUGACAGGGAUUAUAAGGGAAAGGGACUGAGGUUCGUUAGCCUCCUAAAACAUUUCGUAUAUUGAUAGCAUAUUGAAUACAUUUACCCCCCCCCCCACCUUCCCCUUAAUCUGCAAUUUGUUUUGUCGUCCCUGCAUGAUGAGCUUCUUUACAGCUAUUUUCAAGAAUUCGAUUGUAAAUAAAGGAAAAAUAGUCAUGAUAAACAGCUGUUCUUUUAUACGAGGAAUUAUCCGGAACAAUUAGGAUGAAAGAAAUAAAGAUUUUAGCUACUGUACAUUUCCAAUCUAAGAGCACCAUCACCUUUGUUAUCAGAUUUGCGUCCAGGCUUCGAAUUUGACACCCCAUCCUCUCAUCGCUUAGAUGUUCAGACUGUGCAAAUGUGCAUCUGAGUCCCAUUGUUUCUUGCUUCCAUUUUUUUGCCAUCAGUGUGUUUCAAUUACCUUUUUUUCAAAUAUAAUUGCCAAAAACCACUCGCCUUGUGUUUAUGCCAUCUCAGUGUCCCAUGCUUACAUGCAUUUACUCAAUGAUUUGUGAGAAAUCGCCAUAUGCGCCUCCAAUAACAGCGAUAAAGCGAUAAAACGAAAUGAUAGGGAUGCAAUGAUAGUGUUUCUCUACUCACUCUUUCGAUCGCUGUCACUCAAUUCAGCUCCACAGGAACAUUUUGAAUGAAAUCAACGAACAUUCUUGCUUGUCAUUUCUUUAUGGUUUUAUUGUCAUCAACCAGGACCAGGAGUAAGCUUAUUUGCCAUUUCAUUUAUAUAUUUUGCCUAAGAUAUGUCGUUUGUGCAGUUUUUUGCACAAAGCUCUUUGUUCUGUUUAAGCGCUUAAUAGCAAUGUUUCCUUUGCGCAUCUAUUGCGCAAAGAAAUAACUCAGUGCAAAGCGAAUUGAUUCUAGCAAGCUGACGCCUUGCACUUUAACAUAGUUUUGCGAAUAUUCCACUUUGUGUGAUUGUGUUUGUGCUGUAUGUAAACACUUUGCAGUUUCUCAAGACACGAGGCUCGAAAAUGAUAAACAGGGGGUCUGAGGUAAACGGGGGCUAAGUUUAUCCAGGAAUCGAUUGUAUACAUCUAACCAGCUCCUGUUUAUUGUCUUACUCACGGUACUAAGGUGGUUUGGGGGAUACUGACUGCUACAUUGAGCUUGAGGUCAGUAUACGUCAUAAUUUCGAUAGAACAUCUGUCAUCUGAGAAAAAAUCUCAUGUUAAAUGAUAGGAAAUCUUUAAAUCCGUUCUUAUUUCAAACCUACGCCAUUCAAAGGAUGAAGACCUCACGAGAAGGGAAAUCAUUGAGAAGAAAUUAGCUGAGAAAGCAAGUGGAACGAGAAGCAAACCCAAGCGAAAGAAGAUCAACUUAUAGCUCCAAAAACAUCCACAUCCAGCUAACUCUCUUGCAGUCAAAACACAGAAGGUCAAAUCAUUUGAAAUAAAAUCUAAAUAUCUUGUGCGUGAACAUCAAACUUGAGUUUGCAACCAAUGCAGCUGUUUUAGUUGUCUGGGAUCGUCUGCAUCUGAAGAGUGGGCAAAAUGGGGAAUUUAACAAAUAUUUACGCUCCAGUCACCAAGAAUUGGAGCGUUACUGGAACAGCUAUUUCAGUAAUGGUCACAUUGAUUAUGAAUUUGACUGCACUUUUCUUCAACCUGCUGAUUUUGCUUUCAAUUGUUCUAACAAAAAGACUACGACAAGAAGCCGAAUCGAUUCUUGUCGGCAACUUGGCCUUGUCAGAUCUCCUAGUUGCUUGUUGUAUUAUGCCGUUCACUGCAGAUGUUCUUAUCAAAGGAAAACUAGGCCACGGAUCAAUCUUUUGGACAUUCAUUGGUUUCAGUAACUUUUUUUUCUGCAUAGCCUCAAUUUUAAACCUGGUUGCAUUGUCCUUCGACCAGCUCGUAACAAUCAAAUGUCCCUUCCGUUACACAGCAAAUCGCAAAAGGUCAGCUGCAAUUUUAAUGGCGUUGCUUGUCUGGGUAUACAGUGGCCUUUGUGCUUUGCCUCCUUUACUCGGUAUCAGCUCUUAUGCGUGUUUUAUCCCAAACACAGGAGCAUGCUCCACCCAGCAAUGGUCAGGUACUAACGAUGCAGUCAUUUUCACUGUCCUUGUAACCGUGCUUACCUGGGGUGUCGGAAUAAUCGUUCUUGUCUUCUCCAAUGUACAGAUUUAUUCAAUUAUUCGCAAACAACGAAAAGCGAUUCAAACUACGAUGGUUCACAAAUCUGGCUGUCCCAUUCUGAUACCUUCAAACCCUUCUAAUAUAUCAACGCACUACGCUAGAAACCUUUCUUAUUCGGUGAAUUGGAAAGAAAAAAAGGUUUCCCGUUUUAUUGAGCGUGUGCUAAGAUCAAACACUGGCGUCGAACCCGAAGAAAAUUACAGCAGCAGUGCGCAGGGCCUCGAGCCGGGACAAAAGCUUCCUCGCCGGUGCAAGUGUAUUCCGAGCACCAAACAAGCAACAUCACUCUUGAUUAUUGUUGUCUGUUAUUUCAUAUCGUGGACUCCGUUUUGCCUCGUCUUGCUUAUUGAAAUCGUAUUGAAGCAGAAAAAGUACAAUGAAUUAUCUCUAAUUUUCCUAUGGAUCGGCCAUUUAAGUAGCUGUUUUAAUCCAAUCUUGUAUUUUUAUCGCUUUAGAAAGUUUAGGGAUCCAGCUAGACAUUUUGUAAGGAAUAUUUUGAGGAAGUGACUUUCAUUCUUAUGUGACAAUUCUGCAGAACAUAAAUUUUGUAUACAUUAAAUCCACUCAACAAGAAAACGUUAAAUCUUCAUCUACGUUAUUGAAGGGUGAUUUGAAGUUAAUUUGAAAAACUUGAUCCAUUUUUGUAUGUCUUCUGACUGCAUCGUCCCAGAAGCUGCCAUGAUGUCUACCCAGAAUGCUACCUGAUAACGAAUGCGGACUUUAAGAAGAAAACAUACAUCGUAAAAAUGGCUACAAUCGAGAAUCUAUAAACCUGCAAAAAAAUUCUGAUAUUUCUUGAAUGAGCUUGGAAAAGGACUUGCUCACUUAACAAGUCGUUGUGAUGAAAUUUCAAUACUUGGGAAUUUACAUACUGACAUGAACGUUAAAAGCAUGACAAAUUCUUUGGAUGCAUGUUGCUUAAUUAAUCAAACGAAAUAGUUCACUUAUUUCAAAUCUAAUAGUCGAUUUAACCAAGAUAACCGGUUGUAUCGAUUUAGAAUACUCAUUAACCAAAUUUGCCUUUUUGAGAUUUUACUGCUACUGAAUCGGGAUUAUUAGAUUUUCAUCUGAUGGAAUAGAGUUGUCAAGUGAAGACGUCACAAAAUCUAUUUUUAGAAUUCUUAAAAUUUGUACCCAUAACCUUAAAGAGCAUCAUAACAUACCACUAGAUCUGCAAAAUCACUUUGAGGUAUUACGAAUUGGCUGAGAUAUGACCAGAUGAGCACAAGCUCUGGCUACAUCAUACCUCUGUAAUUUGGUCUUAGUUCAUAACUUUAUGAAGUGACCCAAAAUAACAGAAAUCCGUUAGCAAACUUAAAAUCUUACCAUAGCUCAUCCGAUUUUUGACAAAUUUAACUGAUUUUGCAUAUAUGGGAGUAUUUCAUAGUGUUCUUUUACGUUGUAUGGUCAAAAUUCGAAAAUUCUAAAAAUAGAUUUUUUGUGACAUCACACUUGAGUACUCUAUUAAAAAGGGCUUAAAAAUAAGAAUCCAAGGUAAAUUUUUAUAAAUGGCUUUGAAAAAAGCAAACAUUUUAAAACGUAAAUAGCAUAAAUCUUAAAGCAUAAACUUUUCAUCUUACACUUUUCAGAGUAUAGAACGUCUAAAUAAUUGUCGAAGUAUAUAUCAAGUUGUGCCUCGAAUUAAGGCCAGCCAAAAUACGCGCGCGCAUGACUGUUGAGAUUGCCCAAUCAGGUUGCCAAAAGAAUAAAUUUACGAUCAAUUUUCUGACCAAUCAUCAGUAGUAAAGAAGCGUCCGAAAGGGUUGUUAAGAAUGAAAUAACAAUUCAUGGAACAGGCGAUAACUGGAAUGCAGGAAAGACUGCGACACAAGAAAAGAAGAAGAAAUUAGAAAAAAUGCUUCUACAUAAUAGAGAGAACAACGAUUCCAUGAUGUGAAUGUAAACGUUUAUUGAGUCACCAAUGUGAAAUUACAGUCACCAAUUUAGAAACAAUUUUUGCAAAAGGCUUUGAGCCAUCAAUAUGAAAUUAGAGUCACCAAUUUAGAAAUAAUUUUUGCAAAAGGCUUUCGCCUUGCAGCUUCAUUGUCUGUUUGCAGCAUCAUGAAUGGUCAAAUUUCUUUUUUGUAAUCUUUGUGUUGAACCUUACGUAGACGCUUACCAAAGCGGUUGUGUAAUUGACGGCAUGUCUUUUCUACGAAUUAUUCGAAAAUGUUUCUGCUUUUUCAAAACCAUUUAUAGUUUUAUACCAACUGUUUUUUUAUUCAAUUCUAUCAUGACCAGCUUCAGCUGAGGCUUUUUAUUAAAAGGUAUUGGUAAGGACUAGGGAGAGCUUGAAUGUUUUUAACAAACACCGCAAUAAUACAUCAAGAUAGGCAAUGUAAGCACAACGGCAUGCUAGAUGUAACAAAUUCAAGUACUGAUAUAUUAACCUAUGUUUGCAGGGAAAUGUUAAGAAGUAGUGAUUCUUUGCCAUGUGUCCAAGAUAUGCAAUUUUUUAUUGAAAGAAUCAGAGUCACUCUGUUGUAUUUUCAGAAAUCUUGAUAGGGCAACAAAAAAGAUGGAAUAUAGAAAAUCAUAUAUUACCGUAAAAGGUAUAUUAAGCGCCCUUUUUUAAGCCCCCCUUGUCAAGCAAACAUUUAAAACAAGCCCCCUCUUAAGCCCUUAAUGUCAAACAUUCAAAACAUGUGCAUUGAGUGGGUUUCUUGACGGGUGUGAUGACGAUAAGAUUGUGUGCAUUGAUUACAGCCCAUGUAAAUAUUUACGUAUGAGCCUUAGAAUUUUGUCGAAAUUUGUUUAGAAGAUGUCCAAGGGGAUAUCAAUUGAUAUUGGUGACUCUGAGAAGAUGAGGACAUUAUAAUUGAUUGGUUUUAAGAAACUUUUGAAGCUGCUAGCAAAGUUUUUUGAGACCCCCAACUCGCCAAAGGGGGCUGGGGGCUAUAGCCCUCCCACUUUUUUGCUAAGCAAAAAAAUGAUGCAGUUAAGAGUGAAAAGGGUAAUUGUGACGCGCCCUACUUAUGCUUUAUCUUAAAACAUUUAUGCUUUACCUUUUUUGGUCUAUGUUUGGGGCAAAGACUUUAUAGCCACACAGACAAUUUGUCAAAAGCCCUACAAAGCAAAAUAUUGCUUGCGAUUGCGGCACGAAGACUAGCUUUGCUGACAAAAGACACUUUGGUGAGCUUGUGUAGUGAUGAAAACUUUAAAUUGUUUUUUGAUGUUGUGUCAAGAAAAGAUUCACUUCAUCCUCAGAUCGAAUCACCUACUUUACCAAGGAAACGCAACCGGUCAAACUUUUCGAUUCUAACCUAUGUGGAAGGGCAUUUAUCAGCUGAAAUUCACCACCCAGUAACAGUUGAAGACUAUUAUAGACCUUUGCAAUUUGGAGCAAUUGACUCCAUCGUUCAAGCUCUCAUGUCCCGCUUUGAGCAACAGGUGCUCCUUAAAGGAAUUGAAGGUGAAGAUGCAAGUGACGAAAUUGAGGAGAUGACAAAGAUUUUUGGUGAUGAUGUUGAUGUUACGUCGCUUAGCACUGAGCUUGAAGGUAUUAAAGAACAUAUGUAAGAAAAACAAACCUUCACACACAUUAGAAAUCAAAGAAGUACUAAAACAAUGUAAUCGUGAUAAUUGGCUUAUAAUCCCGUCGGUACUUAUAAUAGUCAAGCUUUUGCUAGUAGUGGCACCAACAACUGCGACAGCUGGAGCCUGGUUCACACAUGUGAAGCAAGAGCUGAAGCAGAAGCAAACGUGGAAGCAGAAGCAAGUGGUGUGGGAACACACAUGAAGCAAGUGAAACAAACAUGAAGCAUGCGUUGAAGCAAGAAUAUCAAAACAUUUGAUAAUCCUGCUUCACUGCUGCGUCUGCUUCACCUUUGCGUCAUGCUUGCUCAAUAAAUUUUGUAGUGUGAACGUCGUACGCAGCGCGCACAUUAUGAAGUGAAUAAGGGUCACAUGGUAAGAAUAUCAUUUGCAUGCAAUAAAAAUAACUUCUUGGAAAAAAACUUGCAGAAGCUGUAAGCAAAUACCUUGUUCUUUACGAUAAGUCUGACAAGAUUUAUAGGGAUAGGAACAAAAAAAAUUACUUUUGAAACUGUUAGCUGCUUUCCCGGCGGGCUCAGUCAUUGGUUCAAACGUAUAUCAUAUGAGUUCGGAAAAACUCCGAGAAAGGGUGAUCGGAAAGCUAAAAUUCUGGAACAUAGGAUCUUGACAAUUGGGUUACUUAUUUACUCUGUUGUAGUAGCCACAAAAGGGGGAGAAAUUUACUGAUAUGCUGUUACAGAAAAUUUUUUGGUAAAUCAGUAGCUAUUGAAGUAUCACGAAUUUUGCAGUAGCAUCUAGUCUUUUGUUGUAAUCCUAGAUAAGAAUUUCAGAAAAUAUAAGAAGUCUUUGCUAGUUAGUACUCAUUGAAAGGUAUUAUUUGGAAUUUGACACAACUUUUCCAUUUCUUCAUAGAAAAAAAAAUUAACAAUGUAUGUUGCAUUUAAAGUUUUACAGCUGUCUUAUUUUGUUAUUUUAUGUAAAAAACCACAAGGAAUCGUUGUUAAAAUCAAAUUUAGUGAAUUCUUCUCUUUAAUAUGCCUUUCGACAUAAGUUUAUAAAAUAGAACGGUUCUUACAUGAAUUGGUUUCAAAAAUACUUGCCCAAGCUUGAAUAUUCGCAGUGAAUGUCUGAGUCUGAGAAAAGGGUACAUUUUUCGUAACCCAGAAUCAGAGAUUAGGGUCCAGUUUCUCUAUAUCAACACACAUUGUAUACAUUGGACCAACCGACUGAGCCCGCCAGGGCUGUUUUCGUUUGUAGCUGCUUUCGUCUACAUAUUCUACGUUCUAGUGUCGAGUAUCUUAAUGAAAGUAAAACUUCUGUGUCCAAUUUUGUUUAUUCCACAGAACACGUCGCUUUUUAUGUAUAAUUCGUCUGAAGCCGAUAAAGGAAGCCCAUACUUUUACAUCAGAUUUGAUUAAUUUGCUUGCGCCUGUGUGAACGGCCUACUUCACAUUUUGCUUCAAGCCUUGCUUCAUCCAAAAAGUUUUAACUGCGCAUGCCUACUUUGCUUGCUUCAGCUCUUGCUUCACGCGUGUGAACCAGGCUUGAGCGUUCAUUUUCGAUUAUGCGAAGGGUGAAAACAUGGCUAUGAGCCACCAUGAAACAAACAAGGUUCAACUCAUUGGCAAUAUUGACAUCGCAUAAAGAUAUUACUGAUGAUUUAGACUUAACAGAAGUAGCAAACAUAUUCGUUUUCAGGACAUGACAAGCGAUACAACCAUUUUGGACGAUUUUAAACUGAUGACUUGUAACUGAGCUGGCACAUUCCUUUCGAAAGUCAGAAAAUUAACCUAUUAGUAUCAUUUGUGAGAAUAGUUCUAUGAUUAUUGCCCAUUUUACUUAGCAUUUUGUCAGAGGUAUUCUUUGUUGACUUCAUUGUUUAUUAGAUUACUUUUUAUAACUGUGUCAACUUACGAUCAUGCAGUAAAUCUUUUUUGAGCAGUUGUAUUAACGUGAAAUAAAUAGUUUCCAUUAUCAGAAUUCUGGCUGUGCCAUAAUAUUUCUGGACCACUUUCCUUGUUAUUACAUUCGAGAGAUAACCAAAAUACUCUUAGACGAUUUUCGUUUUUCGCAACAUUUCACAUUAAGUAAAAUGGAAAUUUCUAGUGAAAAUUAUCCGGCCAUUUUGGAGACUCUGGAAACUAAAAUUUUAUUCUAUCUUUUAGCCUCCUCACUUUGAAAUCCAUGGCGGGGGCCCUGUUUGGUUCAAAGUGCGCAUCGAUGUGAAUAACAAGAAGCUGUUGUAUUGAUUUUAUUUUGAACAGAAAUUCGAAGAACAGAAAUUUUCUUUGCAUCGAGUAUUUUCAGUAGACCAUGUUUACACAUCCAAAAUGCAGACAUUGCAAUGAUACAGAAAGUUAUCUACUGAAUUGAUAGACAAAUAGACAAAUAAUAGAAAUAUACCUACACUCUUUCUUUUAUAAGAACCAGUAAAUUUAAGUUCAGGCUGACUGUUCUUAAUUUUUUCGAAAAUCUGAGGCUUGAUUGUUCUUAAUUUGUUCUUAAAUUAAGAGGGUGUAAGCAGUGCUAUUGCUAGCUUUUUCGCUUUAAGGAGGUGUUCAGGCCUCAUUUGCCAACAAAGUUAGUGAGACAGCCUUAAUUUGCUGACAAAUUUGAAUAUUCACCGAAAAAGCACCCACACAUCUCUAAAAAUCCUCGAUUUUGAGAAAAAACGUUCAAAAUUGCAUUUUGCAGAAGCUCAGCCUCAGCUUGUUCUUGAUUUGUUCUUAACUUUUGACCAGUUUCGAGGCUCGUGUUCUUAUAAAAUUGUUCUUAUAAAAAAUAAGUGUAAAAAAGUUAGUUAAUAGAUCAA